AUGAAAGUUAUCACUGCUAUGCUGCUUGUUGCCGUUGUUUGGAGCCAGGAGUGGAAGUCGGCGCUCUCGGAUUCAAUCAUCCACAUUGGCGCCAUAUUUGAUGAGUCAGCGCGGAAAGAUGAUGAGGUGUUUCGCCUUGCUGUGGCAGAUCUCAAUUUGAACAACGAGAUCUUGGAGACGGAGAAGAUCACCAUCUCUGUGGAGUUCGUUGACGGGAACAACCCCUUCCAGGCUGUGCAAGAAGCCUGUGAGCUGAUGAACCGUGGGAUCCUGGCUCUGGUCACUUCAAUCGGCUGCAUGUCUGCGGGCAGCAUUCAGACUCUGUCCAAUGCCAUGCACAUCCCCCACCUCUUUAUCCAGCGCUCCCCUGCGGGAUCCCCUCGCUCCGACUGCCCACCAACCAGCCGCGUCCCUGGAACAGAUGACUACACCCUCAUGGUCCGCCCUCCCAUCUAUCUCAAUGACGUCAUCAUGCAAGUGGUGUCUGAGUAUAGCUGGCAGAAGUUCAUCAUCUUCUAUGAUUCUGAUUUCGAUAUCCGUGGUAUUGAGGAUUUCCUUGACCGGAGCUCUCAGCAGGGAAUGGACGUGUCCCUACAGAAGGUGGAAUCUAAUAUCAACAUGAUGAUCACUAGUCUGUUCAGAACAAUGCGUGUGGAGGAGCUGCAUCGCUACAGGGACACGCUGCGCAGAGCGGUGUUGUUCAUGAGCCCAGCCACCGCUAAGGCUUUCAUCACUGAGGUGGUUGAGACCAACCUGGUGGCCUUCGAUUGUCACUGGAUCCUGAUUAAUGAGGAGAUCUCAGACUACGAUCUGCAGGAGUUAGUCAUGAAGUCGAUCGGUCGGCUGACGUUGGUGCGGCAGACAUUCCCCAUGCCCCAGAACGCGAGUCAGCGCUGUGUUAAACACAACCACAGGAUUAACAAUUCCCUGUGUGACCCUAAAAACCCCAGGUCUCAUCAGCUGGAGAUCACCAACCGCUAUAUUUAUGAUAGUGUGUUGCUGCUGGCCAACACCUUCCACAGAAAGCUGGAGGACAGGAAGUGGCACAGCAUGGCCAGUCUGAGCUGCAUCAGGAAGAACACCAAACCUUGGCAGGGUGGCAAGAGCAUGCUGGAUACCAUCAAAAAGAAUGGAGUGAGCGGCCUCACCAGUUUCCUGGAGUUCGAUGACAAUGGCUCAAACCCCAACAUCUUCUUUGAAAUCCUGGGAACAAAUUAUGGAGAAGACAGGGGACGAGGAGUCACUCGGCUGGCAACAUGGGAUCCAGUUCAUGGCUUGAACGGCACCCUGACAGACAGGAAAUUGGAAAAUAACAUGAGAGGAGUGGUGCUACGAGUCGUCACUGUCCUGGAGGAGCCGUUUGUAAUGGUGUCAGAGAACGUUCUGGGAAAACCGAAGAAGUACCAAGGCUAUUCCAUUGACGUCCUGGAUGCUCUGUCCGACUACCUGGGCUUUAAGUAUGAGAUCUACGUCGCUCCAGACCAUAAAUACGGCAGUUUGCAGCCUGACGGGCAAUGGAACGGACUGAUGGGGGAAUUGGUCUUUAAGCGAGCAGAUGUGGGACUUUCUGCCCUGACCAUCACGCCUGAGCGAGAGAGCGUCGUGGACUUCACCACACGCUACAUGGAUUAUUCAGUGGGCGUUCUGCUGCGCAAAGCUGAACGCACUGUGGACAUGUUUGCCUGCCUGGCGCCCUUCGACCUGUCACUGUGGGCGUGCAUUGCGGGCACCGUGCUCCUCGUUGGCAUCCUGGUGUACCUGCUCAACUGGCUCAACCCUCCCCGGCUACCCAUGGGCUCUGUGUCACCGACAACGCUGUACAACUCCAUGUGGUUCGUGUACGGCUCCUUCGUACAACAAGGUGGGGAGGUGCCCUACACUACUCUAGCUACAAGGAUGAUGAUGGGCGUUUGGUGGAUGUUUGCUCUUAUUGUCAUUUCCUCAUAUACCGCCAACCUAGCAGCAUUCCUCACCAUCUCACGCAUAGAGAACUCCAUACAGUCCCUCCAGGACUUAUCCAAGCAGACGGAGUUGCCUUAUGGCACAGUGUUGGACUCAGCAGUAUAUGAUCAGGUCCGCUACAAGUCUAUGAACCCCUUCGAGAGAGAUCCCAUGUACUCCCAGAUGUGGCGCAUGAUUAACCGCACCGGAGGAGGAGAAAACAACGUUGAGGAGUCAAAAGAAGGCAUUCGCAAGGUGAAGUAUGGUCGAUUUGGCUUCGUGUGGGAUGCGGCAGUGCUGGAAUAUGUUGCUAAUAAUGACGAGGACUGCUCCUUCUACGCUGUUAGUAGCAAUGCACCGGACCGUGGAUAUGGAAUCGCCAUGCAGCACGGCAGCCCCUACAGGGACAUUUUCUCCCAGAGAGUCUUGGAGCUCCAGCAGAACGGUGACAUGGAUAUACUGAAACUCAAAUGGUGGCCCAGGGACAGCCCCUGUGAUCUCUACAGUUCAAUCCAGACACGACAACAGGGGAACGCCCUGGACAUCCACAGCUUUGCGGGGGUGUUCUGCGUCCUGGCAGCCGGCGUGGUGCUCUCCUGCCUCAUUGCCAUGGUGGAAAGCUGGUGGUCACGGAGGAAGGGAUCCAGGGUCCCCUCCAAGGAGGACGAUAAGGAGAUCGACCUGGAGCACCUACACCGCCGGGUUAACAGCUUGUGCACCGAUGAUGAAAGCCCCCACAAGCAGUUCUCCACCUCUUCCGUCGAUUUAACUCCCCUUGACAUGGAUGCCCUGCCUGCGGCACGCCAGGCACUCGAGCAGAUCAGCGACUUCCGCAACACCCAUAUCACCACCACCACCUUCAUCCCCGAGCAGAUCCAGACCCUCAGCCGCACCCUCUCUGCCAAAGCUGCUGCUGGAUUUUCCACUGGUUUCGGUAGCGGUGGCGGCGUCCUCCAGGACCACCGGACUGGCGGGGUGGGCCCUUUUAGGCAGAGAGCCCCCAACGGUGGCUUCUUCCGCAGCCCUAUUAAAACAAUGUCCUCCAUCCCCUACCAGUCCACAGGUCCAGGCCCCAACUUUGGAUAUGGCAAUGACCCCGACAGGGGCACCUCUAUAUGAGGAGUUUCUAAGGAUAUGGUUGGCUCAGAAGGAAUAGGAGCAGAAGGAGGCGAGGUAGUUAGGGUCGGUCAUGGGAUGGUAGAACAAAUGCAUUAUGGCUAAGCUAAAAAAAAUCUGCUAGAGAGGUGUACAUAGGAAUCUUUAUGUUUUUAGUUUCUGCUUGGGUGUUUCCAGGGGUGUCCAAUUUUUAUGUCGAGAAGACAAAAGAGGUGGAGGUCUAUUUGGGCGUUCCUUAUCCUCCUGCAAACAUUCUGGUAAGGUUCAAAAAGGGAAGGGGGUGGGAAGGGUUGACUCUUUGCUUUGUUGUUGUUGUUCUUGUGAUUGUUUGGGGGAUUAUUUUUAGGGAUAUGUGUGAAAGGGGAUCUUUUUCUAUUGCUUCUGUUUUACAUUAUGAGGACUGCCUCAUGUAAUGGAGAUCUGCUGAAAUGACCUGACUAUUAUGAUCUAAAUCCCCUUGGAGGGUUUAGUUUACACUACUCCUACCACAGGAAACACGUAUAUUCCUGUGAGCUCCAGGGCUGCCAUUGGUGGAUGACUGGUGGUGUUGUUAGCCAUUAAACAAUUCUAAGGGACUCACACUACUAAGCAAUUAUUGAGUUGUUAUUUUAUGAAGGCGUUUAUAACUAUAACUUUGUCGGUAGCCCUGGGAAUACAUACAGCAGCCCCUUGCAGUUUUGAAAAGGCCUGAUCUCAGUGAAUAUCGGAAGACUCCACUUCUCAACUUUUACUCUGCCUUUUCACUUUGUGGGAGUCCAUACUGAGUUUUCUCUUCUCUUGCUUCACCGAUACUUGGGGUUCUAAAUGCGUCCAAGGUGGUGUCAAUACGGUGGCCAGACUACACUGAGACGUUACAGUUGAACUCACACUGACCCCAUCACGGAGCAUCCAUCUGAAUACUGCUUAAACGCCAUGACAGUGCAACAAUAUGACACUGAAUCACCAGUUUGGUGCGUCGGUCUUUAACUAUUUCUGCCAUUUUGGUGCAUCAGUCUGAAACUGUUUUCAACACUUUGAUGCACAUUGAAGACUCUUUGUCAACCCCACUGCACUGUACCAGUGCCCACAGACCUGUAAGUGAUUGUAUGUAGAUCUGACCUUUUCUUUCUCACCUGUACUGUGCUCUCUGCUUUCAAAGUCAAGGUGAGAUCCUCUUAUCAAACUCUCAGAGGGAUAAUAAAAAGGGAUGAUACAAGAACAACUUAAAGAAGAAAAAACAUAAAAGACAAGCCGAAAGACUUCCAAAAGCUUAUGCUUAUUAUAUGUCUUUUAUUGACUUUUGUUUUUGAAAAAAAUAGAUUUAAUGCGUGGAAUGUGUUUUGGUCAGGAAGUACAAAAAAUAACAUUGUUCUGAGCUGUCUACUUGUUUUUUUCCUCUCAGCAAACUUUGAAAAACUGCUAAAUGAGUGCUGUAGUCUCUGGUUUUGCAUUAUUAAGUCAUUCAAACUUUUACUUUUUCUUUUUCUUUGUUUUGCUUAAGUUAAGUGCUGCCAUAGCCUGGGUGUUUAAAAGAUAAAAGCUCAUUAUGUGCGGUCGUGUCAUGUUGGAGAUCAUUAAUCACUUUUUAUCAGGUUCAUUUGAUGAAAGGGACUAUAAUUUGUGUUUUGGAGAAGCCAUUGCAGCAGCAUCUUCAGUACAGGCCUUAUACGUAUGUCAACUAGCUAGCUUUACCCUCACGGCUUCCAGUCAAAAUAUCACUCAAAACUGGAAACAUUUUAGUGCAGCAAUUCAGUCGUUGCGCUAAGGGUCAUAGGAAUGUCACAAAGAAUCAACGCCCAUCAGAACCCAGUGUCUGCCUUUUGUGAGAUAAGUCAGAAAUAUACUUCUAUUUCAUAUCUGUAAUGUUAAGGGUACUGUUUAUAUAACUUGUUUUUUUUAAGUGCCAAUUAAUUCAAACCAGACCAUUAAGGUGCAUUUUGUGGCGGGGGAAGAAGAAAGGGACAUUGAGAUCAUUAAAGGAAUAUUUUGUGGAUUAGGGAGUGGGGUGGUAAAAUGGAACCAAAUCUUUUUCACUAACACUGUAUUAAUAAAUGAUAAUGUUAGUUGUUUAGAACCAGUUUUCAGUUUGUUAUCUUUAAGAACUAAAACUGCAAAAUGUUGUGCGUAGAGAACUCAGUCGAGCCACAGUGUUUUGAAGCAAGCAUUCUUAGGCAUUAUUUUUCUUAGGCUACAGUAUGGCUAUUGAAUGACAAAUAAGACACAGACAUUUCAAAUGUUUUAUUUAGUAUAAAUGAAAGAGACAUUAUAAAAAUGUAUAUUUUACACGUUGAUGCUAUUUUUGUUUAACAAAAAGAAAAGAGUAUAUCAUAAUGAGCUAUAGUAUAGAGUUAAGCAGUCCCAUUUGGUUUCUACCUGUUCUCAUGGUCAACACAAACUAUUUGCUUUUAUCAUGUCAUUCUGAGUUCAUUUUUUAUUUGCUGGCUAAAUAACAAAAAGUGGCAAGUUGAUUAAAAAGAAAGCAUGCACAAACUUGCUCUUGCGCUAUCUGUUAACAUUUUUUAUUUCAUACAUAGAACUACAGGAUUUACUUGAUAAUUUUCAAAAAUGUAUGAUGUACAGUAUUUAAUAUAGGCCUAUUUUGUUGUAUGUGUUGCAUAUUAUUCAAAAACUGAACAAACUGGGGCCUCUGUUACAAGUGGCAAAGCUUUCUGUGUAUAAUUUGUCUAAUAAACAGGUUUUCUACAGAG